CGCGCAUUCGUAUCUGCACUUUCAGUCCCGUCUGGUCUCUGCGGCGGGGCUUAGCCUUCUCCUCGGGCGGCUGGGCCACGUGGUAGCCGGGCCGCCGGUUUCACGUCCGGCAAUCGUGGCUGUCCCUGCCGUUCCCCGCCUCCCCGGCCUGUAGCGAAUGUGCGGGGCCGGCGCGGCCGCUAGCGCGGUUUGGGCGGUUGUCAGGGAGAAACAAGAUGGCGGCGGCGGAGGAGGACACGGAGCUGCGGGACCUGCUGGUGCAGACACUGGAGAGCAGCGGGGUGCUCAACAAGAUCAAGGCAGAACUACGAGCAGCUGUAUUUUUGGCGUUAGAAGAGCAAGAAAAAGUAGAGAACAAAACACCCUUAGUAAAUGAAAGCUUGAAAAAGUUUUUAAGUACAAAAGAUGGUCGUGUGGUAGCCGGUCUUGUUGUAGAAUUUCUUCAGUUUUUCAAUCUUGACUUUACGUUAGCUGUUUUUGAGCCUGAAUCAAGCACACUAAAUGGACUUGACAGUCGUGAGAAUUUAGCCAGAGACUUGGGAAUUAUAGAAGCAGAAGGUACUGUAGGUGGCCCAUUAUUGUUGGAGGUGAUUAGAAGAUGUCAUCAGAAAAAGGGUUCCAGCAGUGCUGAAGUAGCUCCAGUUCUGUCUGAUAUUGUGCACUCGCCACCAAAAUCACCUGAUGAGAGAUCAAACACACAUACAAUACCAAGUAAGAUACCAAGGUAUAAAGGACUUCGUAAGCAGGAAAAGUGCUUGGACAAGGCUGGUGAGCAGGUUGCUGAAGCCAGUGUAAAUGAUACAAGUAUCUCAUCAGGAGAAACCAAGAGCAAAAGCAGCAUUCACUUUCUGCCAAAUGAAACAAAGCUAGAUUUGCAAGUACGUAACAAAGACUUAAAUACCAAAGAGAAAAGUGAUCCAGGUGUGGAUGAGGAUGAUGUGGAAGGAGAUUCUUUUUUUGAUGAUCCCAUACCCAAACCAGAGAGAACUUAUGGCUGGCCCCCUGAUAACAAUAGUGACACUGAAGAUGAUGCAGGAGAUCUGUCUGUGACAAAAGCCAGGCAGCAGUCUUUGCAUAGGAAAAAUGAGCCCAACAAACAAGGACGAAACAUAGCAUCUUUUUCUGAUGUACCACCUCUGAAAAGUGGAUUAAGCUCCCUAGCUGGAGCGCCUUCACUAAAGGAACAUGACAACUCGACUAGAAACUCUGUUUUGAAAGAUCUGCAGUUGGUCAAUGCAAAACUUGGAUCGCUUGAAUUAGGAGCUGGAGAUGAAGAUGAUUAUGCUGAUGAUUUCAACAGUAUCAGUCACCGCUCAGAGAAAAGUGAUGUCAGUAUUGGAGAAGAUAUAGAAGAAAUUUCUGUGGAGAUGGAAGACCUCAAUGCCAGUGAUAAACUUGACGAUGCAACACAGGAUCUUACUAUUUCUCAGUUAAGUGAUGGUGCAGAUUAUCUGGAGGACGUGGCAUAAUGGGACAGCAGAAAUACUUGUGUGCUGGAUUGAGGAUUCUUGUGGAGUUAUUUUCAGACAAUCACUCCUUGCUGAAAUGUCCACUCCCUUAUAUGUGCCUUGUGUUUCAAAAAGACUGCAGGUGUAGAGAGCUCUUAAAAAUUCAUAACAAGAAUUGAAUGAAAUUGUUCAUUCCAGUUGGAGUCGAAUAUUGGAACUUUUGUUCAUCAUUUGGUUCAGCUAUAACUUUUUCACACCUGGAGUUGGAUUUUCCCAACAGGAUGUCCAUUGCUGGCGAUGGAUAUACCAAAAUGCUGGUCUAUAUAAGAGCAUAACAGAUGAAAUCAAAAAAGCUUGCAGAACUUUUACACAGAAAUGUGUGUUUUUUCUGAUGAACUUAAUGCUGUUAUGAUAACAGGCUAACUUUUUUAGCUAACCAAAGCAAGAAAAUUCAGAGAUAGCCCUUCAGCUUGCUCCUGUUGACUUUAUUGUAGUAAAGAACCCAGUCUGAGUGAUACAACAUCUGGUAAAUUUGCUGUAAUUCCUGGUUACUCCAGCCCUACUUUUAUAAAAACAGUGGUUAGGACUUUUUAAAAAGUGGCUAGGUUUGGGGAGCUAAACUAAUAUCUGAAUUUUCUGGAAAACAGGCUGUUUUAAGGUGUCUUCACUUAAAGCCCCCAAAAUUGAGUGCCUAUGCUCACUAGGUGCUUUAGAAAGCUUGGCUGUAAUAUUUAUUUCUAACUCUGAACUUUCUUGUUCUAGUAUGUUUCUUAGACCAUUCAGGUUACUCUAAAGUACUGUUCUGUGUGAUGAUCUUCAUUAAUGUUAACAGUUGUUAAAAUCGCAAUAAAUGCGUGAUUCACUUAAUGAUCCAUAGAUUGUUAACACCAAGAGGACCUGGUUAAUGGUUUGUGGCGCUCAUGUUAUUGAGGGCUCUUCAUUUGUUGAUUCACUUUCAUUGUUUAAAAUUCAUAUGGUUUUGAAAAUGAGCGCCACAAAGUCUGAAAUCGCUAACCUGUCUGAACAGGUUUAAAUCCAAAUAUUCAAAAAAGUAGUAUGCCUAAGACACAAUGCACACUAAGUUUUAGCCAAGAGCUAGUUUUUGUACUUUCAUUAUAAACUCUUGAAAAACAGGGUCAGUAAUGGAAAUAUUGAGUUCCUUAAAUAUACUGUCAUGCAUGGCGCUGCUAAAAUAUAUAGGUCAGAGACAUUUGUAAUAUUGAAACAAGCCUUCAAAAUGUGCACUUUUUAAUGUUAUGAACACUGGCUCAUUGGAAAAGAAAUGUGUAAAUGGAUAAAGAUUACUUGAUUGCUUUUUCUUAAAGAUUUGUAAUUUUAUUUCUGGUGAGCUGUUUAAUUGCCAUUUCAAAACUAGUAAUAUCCUACAGCACCACCAUUGGUUAAGCAUAUAGAUUUGUUACUAUGAGCUGAGUCUGCCAUAGACCUUUAUGCACUAAGCCAGCAGGCAUGGAGCAGUGUUGGAAGGUUAUGCUUGUAUAGUGAUCAUUUAAGAAGAGAGGAGGGUAAGUGUGCCUUUUUAUUCAUGUGCACCUGAAAAUAGCCAGCAUAAAACAGCUGAAUUAGUCAUGGAGUUAACUCCCAUGACCUUGUGCCAUAUUGUAGACAACUUGAUUCUCCUGGAUUAUGGUGUAUGCAUGAGAAGUCACCAGGACCUUCAACGCAUAGACCUGAGCAGGAGUAUGGAGAAGUGGAGGCUGCACAGGCCUUUUAUCCCCCUUCUUUAGGCUACGGAGGAUCCAAAGGCCAGAUCAAGUCCAGAUGUUCAGUGCCUCAAUGGCUGUAGUUAUAUAUGUGUCCAGGAAUUAAACCCAGGUCUCCCAUGUGGCAGACAAGGAUUCUCCCACUGAACCACAACAGUGGGUUGCCAUGUAGCAGCUGAGCAGAGAAAGGAGACUCUACCUGCUCAGACCAUCCUGAAAUCUAUGUGCCACAGACACAAAGUAGCAAAGAUCUUGUAGCAUCAUACACACCCUAUCAGAGAUGGUUUUAAAGUGUGGGAGAGCCUGUGCCUAGACUUCUAUCAAUAAAAGGGGGUGUUUAAAAUAUGUGAAAAAAGAGAAGCUGCAUAUGCUUUUGCAAGAACUUGUGGGAACACAUGCUUGUACAGCAUUUUGAAUACAUGCAUGAACCAUUUAGAGACACUUGCAUUUCCCAUAUCUCCAGUAAAACAGAGCACUUAUGCUCCUCUGUAAGCUAUAUUGAAUAUGGUAGUUUUUGUCAUCCUAAUAGGUAAUAAAUUACUGGUAAAUGUUUAUAAAUUG